ACUCACCAAGCGAUACUAUGACGUCCUCUGUUUGGGCACCGUGAAAGCCUCCCGAUGUUCAUAUCCCCUCCGCGCCCGAUUCUCCAACUGAGAACCUCAUCACAUUCUUGUGGUUUGCUUCAAUUUGCUUGCAUGUAAAGAUGCACUAGAUGCCCUUGGGAGUAUGGCGAGGCCUGCGCCCAGAUACUACAGCGACAGCGACACAGACGGUACUAGCUCGCACGACUAUGGAUACAACUUGACGGCCGAGGAGGAGGAGGAAAUCUCCGCCCUCAUCGACUCCAUCUCGCCACCGACACCACCGAUCCCCGGACCAGGCACACGCACCCUGCCUCAAAAUACCACUGCGACUACCUUCGGCUCUUCCGCUUCUCCUCGCUCUCCCUCCAAGUAUUCUACCACCGUGGUCGCUGAUCCUGCCUUCGUCGACUUCUUGGCUGAGGACGAGGACGAAGUAUCUGAUCCAUCCUUCGACAUCCGGUCCAUCGAUAACGCAGUCCACCGUCACGUCGCCAAACCAGAUCCAAGUGAGCGCGCGUGUAUCAUCCCGUCUCCAGAUGUUCCAUCAUCAGACAGCAAGUCGCGCCUGGCGCCUUCUGUCCGCGACGACAACCCUCGACUUGCAACGUUUGUCGCCGAUUCCAACGCAAAGCCGGUACAUUCUGACCCCACUGACUCGGACGUACACUACCCGGAUUUAAGCAAUGCGCUCUCGGGCUUACAACAGCAAGAGCCGUCAGGGUCCCCAUCCAACACGCCUGCUAGUAAGGCUGGGACUCCUAGGAAGAGGGGCCGACCAAAACGAUCGGCCGAGGAAAAAAGCCUCUUGAUUGAAGACAAUCGGUCGCCUAUCCUUCGUUUCCGAACAUUUCCCAAGAAGCCCUUUUCCGUCAGUGAUCUUACCUCCGGCGCCUGGUGUGAGCUGCAAUACUACUUUGUGUUGAGUAAGCUCCCAGGCGGGAAGAAGACGCGAACGCAAGCAAUGAAGGGAGGCACCUCGAUCCACGAGAAACUGGAGCGUGAGAUUUACACUCCGGUAUCCGUGGAAAUCACCAAGCCCGAAGACAAUUUUGGUCUCAAAAUCUGGAACAUCAUCACGGGCCUGCGCACUCUGCGCGACACCGGCUUGACCCGUGAGCUAGAGGUAUGGGGCAUUCUCGACGACGGCCUCGUCGUCAACGGCGUCAUUGACGGACUGAGCUACGACAACCCGGACCCAACCCUCGAGGAAGAAGUUCUCAGCAGUCGAUCCAGCCAAGUGACCGACAAGCCGCUGUCGCAGCAACAACAGCACGAGAUUACGGAUUUCUUUCCGCCCGAAGUCGCCGACAAGCGCGAGAUCUUCAUCACGGAUGUCAAAACGAGAGGAUCCAAGAAGCCGCCAACAAAAGCCGCCAUGCGCGUCACCAUCAUCCAGCUGUUCCUCUACCACCGCUUUCUUUCUGAGAUGGCCUCAGGCAAACUUAACUACUGGCGCAUCUUCGAGAGGUACGGCAUAGACCCUGAUGAACCCUUCUCCGACACCUUCAUGGCGCAAAUGGGCGCUCUUCACGAGGAAGUCUUCUCCGACACCACAUCAGACGGUGCCGGACUCGAUUACGUCAGCGCCGUGUCCACCACCUCAGACGGAGCCUCCGAAACGGCCUCACGCGAUGACGACCUAGAAUCGACCGUCUCCUCUACCAACGCCUUCGACUCUCUUAGAUACCGCACCCUCCGCGACCUAGUCUCCCUCCUCAAAUUCGAGCUUCAACUCACCUUUCCCCGCGGCGGCGCCAGCCUGGGGCAGAUCGUGGCGGUGGAGUUCCGCUACCGGUCUCCUCGUCCAAGAGAAAACAAGGAGGAGGAGGAAGAAGAAGAAGAAGACCCAGAAAACGGGUCGGUCAUCUGCGUCAACUCGUUCUACGUCGAGCCUGAGACGCUCGACAUGUACCUCCAGGACGACCUGCAGUGGUGGAAGGGCGAGCGGGACCCAAGGGGUGUCCCGGUGGAGGAGUCGUACAAAUGCCAGAUGUGCGAGUUCGCGGGCGAGUGUGAUUGGCGCAUGAGGCUGGAGCAGGAGACGAUGAGGAUGGCGAAGAAGAAGAGUUUGGCGAGGAACAAGAAUAAGGGACCGUCGGUUUCAUGGUGAAUCGUUGAGGAGUUUCAAAAGUAUUCGGAGAUAUGAUGAUGAUGACCUUUCUAGUUUGUCUUUGUGUAUUCUGUUUGAGCGUGAUACCCAUGCUUUGAAUAGCUCUUUGGGUUACGGGUGAACUUAAUUAGUUCGGAACAAAAAAGGUGGGAGGGAAUCGAGGCGUCAGGGUCAGGGUUUGGGCAAUCUUCCGAUAUCUUUCUUCACAACGACAAAUGCGAUGGCACUUUGUUUCGGGACCAAGAAUUGGCCUUCAU